GCUGGCGCAAAUGUGGACGGCAGCAACAUGUUGGGCGAUACACCUUUGCACGAGGCCGCCGGUCUGGGUCAGGUCAAUGUCCUCCCGGUGCUGAUUGCCGCAUAUGCCAAUCCGUGGGCCCGCAACGCCGAGAAGCGCACAGCCGCAGAAGUUGCGGGAGUACGCGGCUGGGCCCAGGCAGGUGUCUUGCUCGCCGGCUCUCCGCUGGCUCUGCUGCGUUUUACAGGCUCCUUUGAUGAGCUUGGCCCAUCGCGUGCUUGCCUUGGAAGAGCAGGCGACGUGAUUGCUGUUUGCGCCGCGGGUGGCUUCGAGGAUGCGCUGGCGUGCGGGGAAGGGUUUGAGGAUAAGGAAUGUCCAGUUGCGAUUCUGAAGUGCGGUACUGCCGAGAACGGCAGCGAAGUGCUCAUUUCUGUGAUAGUGGUCAAGGAAGUCGACGGCAAGCUGGUGGUUGCUGUGCCCUCUUCCAGCUGGCACCGCACCAUCUCGAGACGGACGGUGCCUCGCGGAUUUUUGUCCCGAGUGAGAGCUGCCGAGGUCUCCGCGUGCCCUGUGGCGGCUCGGCUCGACCCGGUGGAGGGCGCCCGUGUUCGAGUAUGGCUCGGUAUCCUGGAUGCUCAUGCCGAAGCUGCUGUGUCUGUGCCCGAAGAGCUGCCGGAGGGAUUCAUUGGAUUCGGUCGGCUCGACACCGGAGAGGAUUGCUUGCCCUUUGUGCCCAGCCUCGUCGCCGCCUCAGCCGACAUGUUCGCUUUCGCUUCUGCAGAGAGUGGCAAAGCAGCCGAGCCCGACGACAUUGGUGUGCGCUUGGCAAAACUCGAGAAGGCGGUUUCGAACCGUGUGGAGUUGAAAGGGCAUGCAGAGCCGCCGCCUUCCGGAAAGCCCAAGGCAAGGGCCAAGGCUGCUCGAAAUCGUCCGAACGGCGAGGUUGGAGCUGCAGCUCCGGGGCUCGACCCAUCGGUACUUGCAGCAGCCCGGGCCGCUGGAGUGUCCGAAGAAGCCCUCGCCGAGAUGCAAGCUCUAGUUGGUCGCACAGCGUCGGGGCGUUUGAAGCCGGAACCGGGAUUCGAUUCUCUGGAAGAGUCGGAGGAGGAGGUCGAUGGGCCCGCUGGCGGCCCCGCCGGAUCUGGACCUGUGCAAGCAGCCGGGGCCUCCCUGACCGAUGCCCUCGAUCCCCACUCACAGCAGGCCGAGAUCUUUGCCAGCGCUCUUGUACGAGCAGUGGAGUCUAUGCAGCGGGGUGGGACGAAAGCCUCGACCUUGGAUCGGGCCCUCGAUGGAGCCGCAGUGGGUCAGCAGAGGGCUCAUCGCUGCCAACGGCCCGGCGUCGAAGGUGACCGCGUUUCCAUCCUCGGUGUGGGCCGUGUGGCUCAUGGCGGGCUCAACUUGGGGCUGAUGAUCUUCGAUCAGAUGAGCAUCGACAGAGGCUCCUUUGUGCUGGCUUCGGAAUUGGCCCUCGAAGCAGAGUUUCUCGAAAAGAGGGCGAAGCUCGGUCGGAACGACCCGCCUGAAGACUGCAUGAAACAGCCCGCCAGCUCGGCACCGCGCGGUGAGCCCACCUUUUGUGACGCACCUGAGCAGCCGUCUGCUCCCGGCUCCCGGGCUCCUUCCUUCACUGUGCCUGGGCUGUUGAAUUCAAUGCCGCGGAUUCUGUUGCGUUUUGGCGGCGCUUUUUCCUCAUUUCUCCGCUCUUCUUUCGCAGACGGUGCCGCAACCGCGCCGACGUGCCUGAUCUGGCCCAUGCCUAUCCCGCAUCCUCAGGUUUUCCGUGCGCCUUCGGGCCGAAGCAGCUGGAAGCUGAAAGCCCUCAGCCUGGCAGUCGCCCUCUUGUCAUGGUUGUACCUAGGCAAGCCCGCCGGCUGCCCUGCCGAGGCCCUCGCCGGAGUCCCUUUGAACCGGCAUCAGAAGCGAUGUGUCAAGCGGCUGGAGGUUGAAUCCCAGUCGGAUGUUUUGCAAGCUUUGGGCAGGGCUGCUGACAGCUUUGCCGCGCAGGAGGCUACCUUGGAGCCCCGGCUUCUCUCACCACUGAGCACGCUGCCAGCCCGUUUUUUCAUGGCCCCCCACAUAGGGGGAUCUGAUCUCCCUUCUUACGGGCAAGUGGUGGGGCACCUUGAUGGACCCGCCCCGACCACUGCGCGGCCCAUCGUGGCAGAUAGGAUAAAGCUUCCUGGCCCUCCUCAGUUCUCGCCUGAGCCUUUCAUGGACGAAGCUACAGCUGACCGUUAUGUUCGGCCCCUGGCCUAUGCUCAGCAGUCCUGUGACUGUCCAAGCCCUCCUCGUGUCAAGGUGCUCGGGCGGGCUUCUGAAAAGCUGAAGCUGUAUCGAGCGCUAGCCGACACUGGUAGACUUCGGCCUGCACGCUUCCCGCGGGGCCGGGAGCACUUAGGGGCCGGCCUCUUCGUGGUGGGGAAAGACCAGGACCGUGAUAGACUCAUAUUAGACGCGAGACCUGCUAAUGGCUUAGAACUCGGAGCCUCGGUCUGGACAAAGAGUCUCGCCUCUGCGGUUGCCGUGAGCAAUCUGGUGUUGGAGGACGAUCGGUGCCUCCUUUUCAGCGGUGCUGACCUGCGUGAGUGCUUUUAUCAAUUCCAGGUUGGUGAAGAUAGGCUGCGCCGCAACAUGAUAGCCGACAAGCUUACCUUGCAGCAAGCAGCUUUUGUCUUCAGGCGUGACAUGAAGGAGCACCUUGAGCCCGACGGCUUUCUCCGCAUCGCUUUCGCCUCUUUGGCUAUGGGCGACUGUGGUGAGCUGUUGGUCCACGGGGCCGCUCCUCCUCGAGGCUUGUGUACCGUUGGGCUGGUCAUAGACGAUCUCAUAUGCCUCGACCGUGUGCUGACUUCGGACCUUCAGGUGUUUCACGAGCAGGUGCAAGCUAGUUUCUGGGGCGUCACCGUGUGCGGGAUGAGUGGCUGGCUGAAGCCGAACGCCCACCGACUGUGGUCGCUCGUGCUGGUCACGCUUCGCACUGUUGAGCUCGGCCUCGCCACUCAGAGGCGGCUCCUAGCUGCCAUGUCACUCAUCUUCCAGGCCGCAGCCGCUGGUGACCCGAAUGUCAUAGUAAGGCUUUCGCCUGAGCUCCGAGCCGAGCUUGCGAGCUUUGCCCUUCUUGGGCAGAUGUGUGCAGUGAACCUCAGAGCCCAGGUCGAGCCCUCAGUGACGGCCACCGAUGCCUCGUCUAGCCAUCAAGCAGCAGCCAGGGCACCGCUACCCCAGCCAGUCGCCGACGAAGCUUACAGGCACAGUGUGCAAAAGGGGGCAUGGACUCGCCUGCUCACUCCGCAGAGCGCCUGGCUUCGCAGCCAUGAUCUCCUCGAGCCGCAGAACGAGCUCCCAGGCGACGACGAAGGCUACCGGGCGUCACCCUUGUACUGUGCUCUCGCUGCAUGCCCUAGGUACUCUGAGCUCUGGUCCAGAGAGUACAAAUCACGUGUGCACAUAAACGUCGCCGAACUCGAUGCAUUUCUCAGAGAGGAGCGGCGCUCCGGCGCCCGGCGGCCGUGCUCGAGGUUGCUGUUUGGGAUAGACAGUCAGGUCACAAUCGGGUGCGUCGCCAAGGGACGUUCUGCGAGCCCUCGGCUCAACCAGCUCUUGGAAAGGUCGAUUCCGGAUGUGCUUGGUUUUCAGUCCUACUCGGCACCCCUUUACUUCCCUAGUCACCUGAACCCCUCAGACGACCCCACGAGAGGCAAAGCAGUCAGAGGCCCGUCGAUGGAGCUGCCAGAUUGGUGGCUCCGCCUCCUUGGAGGUGAUCCCUCUGAACUCGACCGCGUCAUGAAGGAGAGUGGCUAUGGGCCGGGCGAGCAUGACUUUGAUCAGGAGCUCCUCUUCCUCCUGGGCGGCAUCGACUCAGCCGUUUUGCAGAGCGCCAAUGGCCGACGAGCCGAAGCUUGUGAAGCCCCCUUUAUCCGCUCAUGUCGUCGGCGCCUCGAGCGCGAUCGGGCCGUGACCGGCGCUCAACGCCCCAACCCCCCGGCUCCGGAGAGCUCUUGA